AUGGAAGAUGUCCCUGAAGCUAGGGAGAUGGGUCGUGGCUGGCAAGCUGCCUCGAUCAUCGACAAGCGGACCCUUGACAACAUGAACGACCCAGGUCUAGACCCUGCCAUCACCGAAACAGCCAACGAGGUCGAACAUCGCGCGCAAGAUGGCUCCAAACAACCAGAUGAACGAUAUGUCCAUUGGACGUCGGCAGACCGAGAACUCGAACAGUUCCUACAGCCGACAAGAUGGUGGUAUGCCAGUAACGAGAUCCCGUUGGUCGCUGCUACCUUUGGCCCCAUGGCCAAUGCUUUCAGUGUCUGCAGUCUGUCCCAGAAAUGGAGAGAGAUUGUCACUGACGGGGAACCGCCAUAUGCCGGGCAGCCACUGGGCGACCCUGAGUGGGAAGUCGCUAUCAAUGCUGUAUCGCUUGCGGCGGCUUUGUUUGCUAACAUUUGCUUGUUGUUGACCAUGGCGCGCAGAAUGUCUUUCAACAUGGCGCUCCCUAUUGUCAUUGUCGGAUGGUAUAUAGCCUCUGUGCUUUUGAUUAUUAGUCUUUCCAUAGUCGGCCGUGACACGCAGUCUGCAAAAAAUGCAGGUCGGGGUAUGCAGAUGACAGAGGCUUAUUACUACGGGUCCAUUGCUGCUGGUCUUUAUUUCAUCAUUGCCAGUUUAUUAAUUAUCACUGUCUACGGAGCGAUGAAGGGCCAUUACAGUCGAAAGUUCCACCUGAGUCAGAGCCAGAGGACGCUGAUGAUUCAAAACAUUGGGUUCCUAGUUUAUGUGCUUGCAGGAUCCGCCGUUUACUCAUACAUUGAAGGUUGGCGAUUCAACGAUGCUGUGUGGUGGUCAGACUUUACUAUCCUGACUAUUGGCAUUGGCUAUCCCUCCCCGUCAACACAUCUAGGGCGCAGCCUUCUAUUUCCAUAUGCGUUUGGUGGUAUUUUGAUCAUUGGUGUCGUCAUCGGAUCGAUCAGAUCACUGGUCUUGGAAAGAGGGAAGAGCAAAAUGAGCAGUCGCUUACUCGAAAAGACACGCAAAACAUUUUCAAACGCAAUGACUACUUCUGGAAACAAAGACCAAGGAGUCCUCAAAAUCUUCCCAGUAGUCGAAGACGGUGCCGAAAUGGACGAAGAGGAACGCGCCAAACGUGAGUUCUUUGCAAUGCGUAAAGUCAGGCAUCUAGCACAUACCGAACGUCGCUGGCUAUCUUUGCUCAUUUCCGCAACUGCCGUGGGGAUCCUAUGGUUCGUCGGAGCAUUGAUAUUUCAACAUGCGGAAGCAACGCAGCAAUGGACAUAUUUCGAGGCGCUGUACUAUACCUAUACCAGCCUUCUUACAAUUGGUUACGGGGAUGUAUACACCAUAUCAAACUGGGGACGAGCGUUUUUCGUCUUUUGGUCUCUACUUGCCGUACCAGCAAUGACUAUGUUUAUUUCGAAUCUCGGAGACACCUUUAUCCGCCAAUUCAAAAAUUUUGCAAACUUUAUCGGUGAAUUGACCUUUCUUCCUGGCGAUAUGGGUUACCGGGAACGCUUCAAACAGUUCUUCAAUGCGGAGUUGUGGCCAUUCACGUUCAAUAAACCCAAGCUCAAGAAUCCAUCAGGCAACAGAAAUCUAAACGACAGUACCAAUGCAACCAUCGAACGCGCCGAGUCAGCCCUGGAAGAAGAACAACUCAGAGAAGAGCACGAAGCACACCGCCAAGGGGACGUGAUCGCCGAAAACAUCCAUCACCACCAAUACCUCCUGAUGCGAGAAUUACGCGAAAUGUUCAAAUGGGUGAAUGCCAGUCCUCCCAAGGAAUUCGACUAUAACGAAUGGGUCUAUUUCUUGAAAUUGCUUGAAGAAAAUAAGUGCGUCAAGGAUUUGAAACAUGCCAAUCAUGGUCAGGAUCAAAGCGAGGAAACUAAGUGGAGUUGGAUCAGUCAUCGAAGUCCGCUGUUGGGUGAUAAGUCAGAGGCUGAAUGGUUGUUGGAAGCAUUGGCUGAUAAACUUGAGCGGGAGUUGCUUAAGUUGAGUGAUGAGUAUCGGCAGAGGGAGGAUGGGAAGUCGUAUGAUGAUAAGAGCGGGGAGGAUGACAAUCGGCAGAAUGGAAAACAGUGUAUAUGACUUCUUCUUGUCUCAUAUGGUCUUGAUACCGCAAAGAUGUAAUUUACGUGUAUGUUGCUCUAUCCACCACAUGACCCCUGAGUUUGGUCUGGAUUCUAUAUCAAAGCCCCAACUCCGUGAUUCACCCCCUUCUGAGCCAUUAUUCCAUCGUUGGUCAUCACCACUUUGCAAGCAUCCUCUUGUACCUAGGUAGUCAUGUCGGCAUUACCGGGAGCUCUCUUGAGUUGUCG